AUGUCGAUAUUGUUAUGGCGGGUUUAUGUCGAAAAUUGGGGGUACGGUUAUUGCAUGUCAUUAGGAAUUAUGGGCUUCCGAGGUACGGAGAAAUUUGUCGGCGAGAAGGACGAGGAUACUCCAGAAGACUACCUAAGAACAAUACCAAUAUCAACGAAACUUGUGAUAUCAAAACAAAGCGACGAACACCAAGAUGUUUUAUCUAUAUCAAAGGAG